AUGGCUUCUGCAACAACUGCAAAUGACGCUGCGUCUGGUUCUUCCUUUGGAUCCCCCUGCGGUGCAUGCAAGUUCCUGCGAAGAAAAUGUGCUGCAGACUGCAUCUUUGCACCGUACUUCUGCUCCGAACAAGGAGCUGCUAGAUUCGCCGCCAUUCAUAAGGUUUUCGGGGCUAGCAACGUUUCCAAGUUGCUCUUGCGUAUACCAGAUAGCGAUCGUUUUGAGGCAAUGGUCACAAUUGCUUAUGAAGCCCAAGCUCGAAUCUCAGACCCUGUUUACGGUUGUGUCGCCCAUAUUUUCGCCUUGCAACAACAGGUAGCAAGCUUGCAGGCACAGCUAGUGCAAAUGAAGGCACAGCUGGAUCAGAACCAGAUGGUACCCACAAACUUGGAGAAUCAUUGGUCAGAGAAUGUUGGACAUCCAUUCAAUCCAUUUUGUCCCACUUCCAUGAAUAACCCUAUAUCUCCUCAGAGCUCACUUGAUUCAAUUGAUUAUAGCAGCAAUAUCAAUGAUGGAAUGUGCAUGCAAGAUGUACAAAGCGGAGAUUUCUCGUUCCAAGCUUGUUCUAUGAAAAGAUCAUAUAACAAUGACUUGGGUGAGCUGCAAGAAUUGGCACUCAGGAUGAUGAGGAACUCUGACUAG